UCUGCCUCUGUCUCUGUCCCUCUAACUUUUCCACUCUUCAUUCUCUUGCCAUCUCUUCUGCAUGCUCAGGCUGCCCAUUCAGCCACUUCUCACUGUCAACGCCAGUAAACUAAGCCAGAGAAAACUUUCUCAUAGCAAAACAGCUACUGUGCCUAUACUUCCUUUCUGUUCUGUUUUUUCUUUAUUGCUGUCAGUGUGAUAACAUGGCUCAGCAGAGGUGUUUCACACGUAUGGGCUCCAUAUGGGCUUUCAUGUGGGGGCUUUUCCUGGUGGAGGGAACAUACUAUGGCCACAUCUACAACUCACAUAUCAUCAGCCAUCGUAUGCCCAGUCAUCCUGCCCCUAGACAGUAUGGCAGCAUGGACAACCAGCUUCCAUCUGAGCCUGAGCCUCAUGCUCCAGAGGUCUCCGGGGGUACUGACAUUUCUGGGCUUCCAGAGGUGUCUGGAUCUCCUGACAUGCAGCAGCCAGUCAAUGUGAGCCGUGUGUACUAUGGGAUAAUGUUUGAUGCAGGCAGCACAGGCACACGAAUCCACAUCUACAAGUUCAUCCAAAAGGAUCCAGUUGAGUUACCGGUUUUGGACAAUGAAAUGUAUCAUGCUGUGAAGCCUGGACUCUCUGCAUAUGCAGAUAAGCCUGACGUGGGUGGGGACACUAUAAGGCAGCUUUUGAAGGUGGCCAAGAAGACUGUGCCCAAGAGUGAGUGGAAACAGACCCCUGUAAUACUGAAAGCCACAGCAGGCCUCCGCCUGCUACCAGAAGAGAAGGCCAAAGCCCUUCUGGAUGAGGUUAAAGAAGUUUUUGAUGAGUCACCUUUUUUUAUUCCAAACAACAGUGUGUCAAUUAUGAAUGGUACUAAUGAAGGAGUGUUGGCUUGGGUGACAGUGAACUUCUUAACAGGUCACUUGUAUGCCAAGACGAGGAAGACAGUUGGCAUCUUGGACUUAGGUGGAGGGUCUACCCAGAUCACAUUCCUCCCUAAGUCAAAGAAAACUGUACUGACUGCCCCUCCCAGCUACAUUGCCAGAUUCAACUUAUUUAACAGCACAUAUGAAUUGUACACCCACAGUUAUCUGGGCAAUGGACUCGUUGCUGCACGAUUGGCUACACUUGGGGCACUUGGAGCUGAUGGUCUUGAUUGGAAAGUCUUCACAAGCUCUUGUCUACCCAAGAAAUUCAGAGAGGACUGGACCUUUGGUGGUAUCACAUACAAAGUCAGUGGGAUCCCAGAUGGUUACGCUGGAUACAAGCUAUGCUACUAUGAAGUGAUGCGUGUGGUGAAGGGUAUUGUCCAUCAGCCGUAUGAAGUGAAGGGAAGCAGCAUCUUUUAUGCCUUCUCUUACUACUAUGACAGAGCAGUUGAGUCCGGACUCAUUGAUGGCUCUCGUGGUGGUGUAGUGGAGGUCAGGGACUUCAAAAAAAAAGCCAAAGAAGUCUGUAAUAAGAUGACAAAAUAUCGCCCUAUAAGCCCUUUCUUGUGCAUGGACAUGACCUACAUCACCUGCCUUCUGAAAGAGGGGUUUGGAUUCAAGGACAGCACAGUGCUGCAGCUCGCCAAGAAGGUAAACAAUGUGGAGACAAGCUGGGCACUGGGUGCCACUUUUGAUCACUUUAACAACUUUAAUAUUCACUAAGACCAUUGGAUAUAAGGAAACUAGUGGCAUGGAGUUGAUGGAUUUGGGAUUCUAAGUGUUGGACAGCUAAGGAACAUCCAUGCUUCACCAGAGAUCGCUUCAUCUUCAUCUCCUAAGCUGUUUUCCCCACCUGGCCCUGCCCUACGGUCACCAUAUCCUCCUGUCAUCAACAACCAUUCAGCCAACCUCUGUUCUGUGUUGACUUGUCUACUGUACAUUGUAACUAGCGUAAUUUGAGCUCUGUCUGUUUUUUGUAUGUGUUGCUAUGGUUUUCUUCUUUCCAUCAGGAAGGAUAGUAUUUAUGCUACAGUGUAUGUGGAAUAGUCAGGCUAUUUUAGGAGCCAUUUCCUUCUGAGGAGCUACACAUAUAUGCUACAUUAUAGUAGCAGACAGAGAGGGAGUCAGCUCCUUAUAGUUUCUCAUCAGACAAAUGUAACUCUUGUAAAGUUCCAUGAGAAAGAUAUUGAUUACUACAUCUGGAUAACCAACAUAUAUAUUUAAAUGAUUUUAAUAUUAACAUAAUUGUAUUGCGCUACAAUCAAAUGCAUUUGGAUCCUGCAUAUAUGAUCCACCUUUACUGUGGAGGCUGAGUAGUUUUUCUUUUUGACACAGAAAGAAAACGUUGCAGAAAGAAGGCAUUUUCUGGGUUUAUGAUAAAUGUACAGUUUUAUACAAUUGUAAGGACUCCACAACUUCCAGCUUGGACAUUGAUAGGACAAUGUUUCCAAUGUUUGAAGACUCAGGUAUCAAUCCCAGUUUUCUCCAUAUUAUCCAUAAUGAUGACACAUAUAAUGAUGGUGUACAAUAACAUUAAACCUCAAUAAAAUCUAGACAGGGAUGUGGCUGUUUGUUCAAAGCACUGUUGAUCUUUGUGAAUACUAAUGUUUUGUAAUGCUACUACGUUUUUCUCCUUCCAAGCUGUCACAAUGAUUAUUACUGUCCUAAAUUGCAGGUUUAAUUUUAUUUCUUCAAUUUAAACAUGAUCAUGCAACAUUUCUGGUAUGCUUUCGUGCACAUUAAUUCACAAUGUAUAUAAUGAAAAAGAAAACAUUCACCAUUGUUCGGUGUUGUGUGAAUGUGCUCGACUUGCUUUAUUUUAUCAUAGCUGUUGCUACAAAACACCUAUUUUAAUGUUUAUUUGGCUAACUUAAAGCUUGUGCUGCUUUUAUUGAGUACAAUGUG